AUGGCCGGGCUUUCUUCACUCGCCCUUGGCGUUGGAGCCGUCGUUUUCUUCUUCCUUCUCAUCCGCAAAGUCUUGAAGACAGGCAGAAACGGUCCUCACCCCCCUCUACCUCCGGGUCCCAAGGGGCUUCCCAUCGUGGGUAACCUCCUGGACCUACCCAAACCUGGAGACUACGAAGCAAAGCAUUGGAUCAAACACAAAGAUAUCUACGGGCCCAUCAGCUCGAUCACAGUGCUUGGCCAAACGAUGGUGAUCAUCAAUGAUGCCAGCAUCGCUUUGGACAUGCUGGAAAAGCGAGCAGUGAAGAACUCGUCGAGACCACACCUGUUGUUCGGCGGUGAGAUAGUUGGCUGGGGACACAGUCUUGGGCUUGUUCGGUACGGCGAUCGCUUUCGGAAACAUCGCAAGAACAUAGCAAUGACCAUUGGCUCCACCAUGGCUGCGGCCCAGUACAAAGAUCUACAAGAGGCGGAGGCUGGUCAUUUCUUGCUGCAUAUUCUGAACAAUCCCCAAGGUCUCUUUGGACACAUCAGAAAAGAGGCUGCUUCAGUGGUUUUGAAGAUGAUCUACGGCUAUAACGUAGACCAGUUCAAAUCCGAUCACCUUGUAGAGGCGAUUGAAAAAGCAAUGGACGGGUUUGGGCAGGCUUCUGUCCCUGGUACUUUUAUGGUCGACAUUUUCCCCUGGAUGCGUUAUCUGCCGGAGUGGUUCCCUGGAACUGGAUGGAAGCAGACUGCCAAGGAAUGGCGCGAAGACCUGAGGGUCAUUGUUGAAAAGCCAUUUGCUUUCACCAAGCAACAGAUGGCCUCGGGACGAGACACCUCGUCAAUCACCUGCAACCUGCUUGGGGGAGAUCACGAUAAAAAGCCCGAAGACGAGUACCUCACGAAAUGGACGGCGCUCUCUCUCUACGCGGGGGGAGCCGACACGACGGUCUCUACAGUGGCAUGCUUCUUCCUUGCCAUGUCGCUUUACCCUGAGGUACAGCGUAAAGCUCAAGCUGAGAUUGAUCAGGUCGUUGGGCAAGACCGCUUACCCACCUUCUCUGAUCGUCCCAACCUGCCAUACAUCGAGGCUCUUCUGAUGGAGCUUCUUCGUUGGCAGCCCGUCGUGCCCAUGUCCAUUCCUCAUAUGUCUUCGGAAGAGGACAUCGUCAACGGCUACUACAUCCCCAAGGAAUCAGUGAUCCUGCCAAACAUAUGGUAUUUCACUCAUGAUCCGAAGUUGUAUCAUUCACCCAUGGAGUUCAAGCCUGAGCGCUUCUUGUCCGCCGAGGGCAACACACCGGAGAUGGACCCUAACAGAUUUGCAUUUGGCUUCGGACGCCGCAUCUGCCCUGGCCGUGUUCUCGCCGACAACGCCUUGUUCAUUACCAUUGCACAGACUCUUUCUGCCUUGGAGGUCAGCAAGGCCGUCAUUGACGGCCAGGUGGUCGAGCCAAAGAUUAGUCUCCUGGGUGGGAUUGUCAGCCACCCAGAACCCUUUGAGACAUCAGUCAAGCCGCGCUCAGCGCAGCAUGAAGCGCUCAUACGGGCGGUUGAGAAGACCUACCCAUGGGAGAGAAGCGAUCAAGGAAUGCUGGAGAAGAUGGAGGUCUAG